AUGGCGCUGGAGCGUCGUGACUAUACUCGGCCGUCGGCGGCACAGUGGGGCCGGUCGUCGCUCGCGGCGGCCGGUCCCGGCAAGCCCCGACGAGUAGGAUGGCGCGGCGGUGUGCGUCGAAGGGCAGGUCGCGAGACCGCCGGAGGAGCCGCCGUCGGUGCAGAUCUUGGUGGUAGUAGCAAAUACUCGAGAGGGGCCCUCGGGGGCUGCCGUGGAGAAGGGUUUCUUGUGAACAGCCGUUGUCCAAGAGAGCGUGGCGGAUCGGGUUCGGGUCGUCGUAGAAGCGUAGGCGGUGCUGGCGACACCCCGGCCGUCGCCCGUGCGCCCGGUCUCCGGACCGGGAGCCUCGAGGCGGUCGCGGGCCCGUCGCCGUCCGCCGACCGUGGAACCACCGAGCUUCGGUCGCUGGCCGCGUCGCGGCCGGCCGUCCGCCCCGGCGUCGGUUCGCCGUCGCCGGGCGGUCCGGCCGCCGCGCCGUCGGCCGCGUAG